UGUCCCUGCACUAACAUAUAGCGGGAUCUAAUUUUUAAUUAUGAUUAUAAUCACAAAACUGUUUUCCGCACUGAAGGCACCCGUGACGUGAUUGGUGAGCUUCCAUUAAGAAUAUUGGAUAGAAAUUAAGGAAUUGUUUAGUCUGUGUAUCUGCAAUGAUAUUGAUUGCACUGCCUGGUAUUUCUUAUAGGGGAAACAAGUUUUGAAAUAUAUUCAGUGAAUUUCAUUCAUGCUAGAAUUUCGGGAUCCUACACGAGCGUAUGUUUUGUAGCAAUUCAAACAGGUUUAGUCAACACCAGAUACAGCAACGUUGCCUUUUUAAGCGCAGCAAGAGAUAGCUCGUGAAUGCAAACACACUGGUUGGCAACCACUCAGUUUGUCGUGAUUCACGAUUGAAAAAUCACGUUUUUUCUAACCGGUUUUGUGUUUUCUUUUUGUGUUUCUUCUUUGCAAACACCAUGCCAGUUUACAGUUACUUUGUAGCCUUCUGUGUUGUAGUAUUGCUCUUUAUUCUUGCUUACAUAGGAUGGUGGAUUUACAAACACACUUCGCCAUUCCAUGUCGCCGUCAAUCGCAUCCCCGGGCCCAAAUACCUUCCCUUAAUUGGAAACGCCUUGGAGUUAGCCGGAGGACUAGACCGUUUACAACACACUUUGCAAACCAAAUGGGUCCAAAAAUAUGGAGAUAUUUAUCGAAUAUUUGUUGGGACUCACUGCUACAUCAACAUUUCCUCGCCGGAAUUAAUGGAGUCAGUGUUAAGCAGCCAAAAGAUCAUUGAUAAGGGUGUGUCGUAUAAUGAGCUGAUUCCAUGGUUGGGACAGGGACUUCUUUUGAGCUCCGGUGAUUUGUGGCGAUCGCGACGGAAGCUGUUGACACCAGCUUUUCACUUUUCAAUUCUGAAUAGCUUUGUCGAAGUAUUUAACGAGCAGAGUCGCAUCCUCUGUGGAAUUAUUGAAGACAUUUGUCAAUCGUUUGCCGAUGGAAAGAGCGAAAUGGAUGUGUAUCCAUUAAUCACCCGGUGUUCUUUGGAUAUUAUUUGUGAGGCAGCUAUGGGGACAAACAUUAAUGCGCAGACGGAAACGUCUGAUUAUAUCAGGGCAGUUUACAGAAUUGGACAAGUAGUUACGGAACAAUUUCGAUUGCCGUGGUUGAGGAAUCCAACAAUUCUCUCGUUAACAGCACUGGGAAAAGAACGAGAUCAACUGCUCAAAACCCUUCACGGAUUUACUGAAGAGGUGAUAAAUAACAGACGGGAAGUCUUAAAGAAAACAGAAGAUAAUGUAGCCCAAGACACGGGAACUGGAAUUAAAAACCGAUUGCCACUUCUCGAUUUGCUGCUUAAAGCUUCAGAAGAUGGUAAAGUUCUGUCGAACCAGGACAUUCGACAAGAAAUUGAUACUUUCAUGUUUGAGGGACACGACACAACUACUUCGUUGCUGAGCUGGUUUCUGUAUGCCAUGGCUUCAAAUCCAGACGUCCAGGAGAGAGUGUGGAUCGAACUUCAGAACGAAUUCGGAGACUCGGAAAGGGAUUGCACCCAAGAAGACAUUCCCAAUUUGAAGUAUCUUGAAUGCUGCAUUAAAGAAACGUUGCGAUUGUAUCCCAGCGUUCCUGGAUUUGAAAGGGCUGUCAAAGAAGAUGUUCAAAUUGGAAAAUAUUUUUUUCCUGCCGGAUGCACAAUAGGGAUUUUAUCUUUUGCUGCGCAUCGGAAUCCCGAAAUAUUUCCGGAUCCGUUGACUUUUAACCCCGAACGUUUUUUUCCGGAUGAGUCUGUUGGCCGUCAUCCGUAUGCGUAUAUCCCGUUCAGUGCUGGACCCCGGAACUGUAUCGGACAAAGAUUUGCCAUGUUGGAAAGCAAAAUUGUGUUAUCGACUCUUCUUCGCCGGUUCAAAUUCGAGGUCUCAGCUAACACCAAGCCACCGGUUAUUGCAACCCAACUGGUCUUGAAAUCCAUGAAUGGCAUCAACUUAAUUGUCUCUCGUCGUUGAACAGUAUUUCUAAAUUCAAAUCAAAUUUUAAACAUUAGCAGUGAUCACAUUGCGUAGGUUAUUUUUGCCUUUAAGUUUGUUUUCGUCGGGUUAUCGCUACCUUUCACGCACUGGUUCGUACUACGUGCACAACUAACGCAAUUCGCGCAUUUGAAAUUAAUUAACUUUCGCUCCUCAA